CUCGAGGCUAGGCUGUGGAUGCUGAGCAGCCCUGCACAGAGCAACAGACCUGCCACCGUUCCAGCACCUCCUCCUCCGCUCUGCACAUCAGCCAGUACCCUGCUGGGCCAGCAGUCAUGCCGGACACACCAGUGGAGGACUCCCUCUUUCAGAUCAUCCACUGCUUCCACCACUAUGCCGCCCGGGAAGGAGACAAGGAGACCCUGUCCCUGGAGGAGUUGAAAGCCCUGCUCCUCGAUAGUGUGCCUCGCUUUAUGGACACCUUGGGCCGCAGGCAGCCAUACUACAUCACAGAGCUCUUCCGGGCAGCUGACAAAAACAAGGACAACCAGAUCUGCUUUGAUGAGUUCCUGUACAUCUUGGGCAAGCUGGUGAAGGACUAUCAUCUGCAGUUCCACCAGCAGCUGUGCAUACACUACUGCACCCAGCACAACCUCUAUUAGAUGAGGGACAGGCGGCCUCUCGCCACAGGAGCCUGUCCUGGGAGGCCCGACCUGACCGUCAGCCUCUUACAGAACUCAGCAGUGUGUUUCAUUUUAGGUGUGCACACACAUGUACAAACGAUAUCACAAGU